AUGAACAAAUCCCAGAGAUCAGUUUCAUCCAAGGACCUGACCGUGGACUUCACCCGGGAGGAGUGGCAGCAACUGUGUCCUGCUCGGAGGCUCCUGGACAGGGCUGUGAUUCUGGAAAACUACAGACAGCUGGUCUCCGUGGGAUAUCAUGUUAGCAAACCAGAUGUGAUCUUCAAACUGGGGCAAGGAGAAGAGCCAUGGAUAGUGGAGGAAUUCUCAGGUCAGAACUACCCAAAAGUUGGUGAUGUCUUAGAGAAAGACAAGGAAAUCCAGCAGCAUUUGAGGCAAAUUUUAUGCCUCAAUAAUAAAACACUGAUUACAGAAAGAAAUAAUGUAUUUGGGAAAACAUUUAAUCUGGGCAUGAAUAUUGUUCCCUCAAGAAAAAUAUCCUACAAAUAUGAUCCCUGUGGAGCCAAUUUGAAAACUAAUUCAGAAGUAAUUGUUGCGAUGAAAAGCUAUUUAAAUAAAAAGAUUCCUGAUGAAUACAGUGGAUAUAGGAAACUACCACUCUAAGUGUGAGAAAAGUCAUUCUGGAGUAAAAAAACAAAACAAAACAAAAACCACAAAUAUGAUCCAGUUAGGAAAGUCAAAAGUCAAAAUGAAGACUUUAUUCUGCACCAGAACAUUCAGACUUUGAAAUAACAUUCAAGACAUUCAAGACACCCUCUUGACUGUCAUAAAUGGGGGGAAACCUUCUUCAGAAGGGCGCUCAUUACACAGAAGAGGGUGUGUGCAGAAAGGAAAUCAAAUGAAUGCAGUGAAUGUAGCAAAACCUUUUCUAAGAAGCCCACCCUAGUUGUACAUAGAACUCAUACAGGGGAGAAACCCUAUGAAUGCAGUCAAUGUGGAAAAUUUCUGUGUGCUAAAUUGGCCUUCAUUGCACAUCAGAUAACUCACAGAGGAGAGAAACAUGGUGUGUUUAAUAAAUGUGGUAGAACAUUCAUGGUGAAGUCAGACCGCAACAAACAUAAGAGAACACACACAAAGGAGAAUCUCUUUGAGUGUAAUGAACAUGGGGAUGCCAUCAGCAAAAACUCACACCUUGUUGAACGGAAGAGACCGUACGCGUGUGUUGAAUGUGUGAGAACCUGCUGCUAGAAGUCAGCCCUCACUCACCAUCAGAGGACACACACAGGAGAGAGACCCGAGGAGUUUAACGAAUGUGGGAAAACCCUUCUCCGAACCUUCAUUGAAUAUCAGUGAACUCACACUGGGGAGAAACUACAUGGUUGUAACAAAUGUGGGAAAUCCUCCUGCCGUAAGUCAGCCUUCAGAGUACAUCGGAGAAUUCACACAGGAGAGAAACCCUAUGAAUGGAGUGAAUGUGGAAAAACCUACCGUCGGCUGAGGACUCUUACUGAACAUCAGAAAAUACACACAGGGGAGAAACCCUACGAAUGUAAUAAAUGCAAGAGAACAUUGUGCCACAAAUCAAACUUCCUUUUACAUCAGAAAGCUCCUAAGGGGUAA